CUUAUUUUUCCUUUUCCUUCCCCUCAUCACCUGCGAAAUCUCCCUCAGUCUAUUCCCCCGGCUCCCCUCCAGGCUAUGAGCAGUGCAUGAAGGCCAUCAAUCCUCUCGUUUCUCCUCCACGAAGGUAAUUCAUGGCGAGCGACGAUAGUGCAAAUUGUGACUACUCAAAAGAGUUUAAGAAGCAUUUAAGAGAACUCACUGCGCAGUGGAAAACGUUUUUGAAGAAGACUAAGAAGAUCUUGCUAAAAUGUCCAAAUUAUGAAAAAUGUGAAUACAAGUGUAGCAGUAUUGGUGGCAUGCAGUAUCAUUAUCCUCGCUGUGCUGGAGCCUGCCCUGUAUUCAAGUGCAGUGUCUGUGGUAGAGAGUAUGAGAGUAGAACUGGUCUCAACUAUCAUCAGUCGAGUUACAAUCAUUUCUCUUCAACGCCUCUAGAGGAUCGUCUCGUUCUGCCCGAGCAAUCAGUCACACCAACUUCAUCGUCAUCGGAUCUCUCGGCUCUCGAUGCCCCUCCCACUUUACCAGCUCCGCCCACAUCAUUAGCCCUGCCCUCAUCUUCAGCUCUGCCUUCAUCUUCGGCUCCGCCCGUAAAGAAGAAACGAGGCCGUAAGCCAAAGUAUAGAAGGAACAGUAAUACAGAAGAAGGUGUGGCUUCUAAAGAGACUCCGCCCAUCACGAUUACAAUACCUUCGAUUGAAUUUUCGGAUGAGUAUCGUUCUUUUUUACCAAUAUGGCGCGACGAGUUAAAAGCUAAUCAAUACGUAACGUGUCCUAAUGCUCCUGGUGGGUGUCAGUACCAGUGCAGCACUGUCAAUGGAAUGAAGUAUCAUUAUACGCGCUGUCAAAAAGAGAAGCUGCCUGAGUUUCAUUGCUCAAUUUGCAAGAGAGAGUUUCAUUGUCGCUCUGGACUAGUCUGGCACUUGAAGAAUGCACAUAAAAUUAAUGAUGAUCUUAUUAAUCAAAAGACCUUUGAGCUCCCAUCCCUGACAGAGGAGAGCGAUAGCAAUGGAGGAUCAGCUUCUGGCCCUAAGCCAAAGAGCAAGAGAGGAAGGAAGAAAUCUACAGCAACUUCUAACGUAGCACCACCUGCAGCAGCACCUCGUCAGCCUUCUUCCUUUGAGUCUAGGAAACCAUUAAUAAGAAAGAGAAAAUUACGUAAACCUCUCUCUCCACAAUACAUUGGCUCUUCAGUAAUUAAUGAAUUAAUUGCAGCAUCGCUUUCAGAGAUGCCUUCAACUGCUUGGACCGGUUCUAUUCCUAACCCUCCGAAGCUCCACCCACCGCCCACUAAAAGAAAAGUCCCUCCCACCCAAUUCAAUAUAAGUGAUAGCAUCCCGACUGAUGAUAUAAAGUACGGGUCCUUAACAGUAGAGUACCCCCUGGAGACCCUAACUGAAUGGCACGAGUGGUACUCUAGCAGCGACCAAUCGGACGAUGACGAUGAUUAUGAUGAGGAAAUGGACGAAGACAGAGACGAGUUUUAUCAAGAAAAGGCGGAGUCGAGUGGCUUGGGAGGGGGCGGGGUUACCGGGCGGGAACAGAAAGGCUACAAAAGCGAUUAUUCCAGUUCUCUCUCGGACGAGAACUCUUCAGACGAGGAUUAUAGAGGAAGUGGUUAUGUACCUAGGGGUAGGGGGCGUGGUCGAGGCAGAGGGCGUGGCCGAGGAUCCAAGCUUGUGAAAGACGAGGGAUUAGGGGGCAUACCCCACAGUUUACCACCUGGGCCUCCGGUGGUUAGGGGGAGAGGGAGGGGGAGGGGAAGAGGAAAAAGAAUUGAAGUUGAGACUGAGAAUAAAUUCACUCCAAUCAGCAACACUGGAGUAAUGAGUACCAGAGGAAAAGGAAAGACAAUAAUAGGAGGAGGGGGAGUGAGUAGUGUAGUGACACCAUCUUGUGUAACGCUCAAUUAUAAGAGAAUAUCAGCUAGUCAGCUUCCCCCACCCCCGGGGAUCAUACUGCCAGCUAAACCGUCUAGUGUUGAGUCGCAAUCUGUCAAACUCGUCAGUCAUGCUGGCACGCCUAAGUUGAUUAGGCCGGCUCCGAAACCAGUCAGGCAGGAAUUGAAACUGGUUGGACAGCCUUCUGGGGCUGCUAGUGGGAGUAUGGCUCGUCCUAGUGUUCAUAAGCCUCUCAUUUUAUCCGGGGGAGGAAAACCGGCUAAACUAGUCAGUCCGGUUCCUGUUCAAAGACCCAAACCAGUUAACCAGGUCAGACUGGUGUCUCCUCAGGGUGUGAGGGGGUCUGGUGACUACGUUCAAUAUUACCAGGUCCCUGUACAGUCCUUGCCUCCUUCUUUAGUCCCAGUUCAGCUAGUGUCCUCUAGUAACUAUCACUCUCCAUCCCUAGGAGGGGGUCUGGUAUUAUUGCAGUCCUCGGGGGUCAGCAGGGAUCCCCCUCAGAGAGUAAGUGUCAUCACUAAUCCACGUCCCAUUAUUCAGACUCUUCCAAGAACCCUUGGCCCCCCUAAGGGGGGAAAUAUCACUCAAUUAGAUGGACCAGUUUCUAAAGGAAAAGGAAAAAAGAGGACAAGAGAAGAUUUGGAUAAAGAAUUUGAAAAGGUUCGAAAGGACUUAGCCACGCCCACCACCACCACUCCUAAUUUAUCACCAAACAAAAAUCCUUCAAACGUUCAAAAGAGAAAGAGAGGGAAAGGGAAGGAGAAAGGGAAGACAAAGAAAAGAAAAACAGACAAAGAAGAGUUGAAUGAAGAGGAGGAGGAGGAGGAGGAUGAUGAAAGAGGGUCACCAGCUGGAAAAAAGAACUCAUUUAGUUGUCCAAAAUGCUCCCUUCUCUUAUCAUCAAGAUCAAAACUACAAACUCACAUCAACACUACUCACCUUGAAGUUUCUCCCGAGGCUACAGUAGCAGAGAGGGCUCCAUUGUGGAGAAAAGCUAUAAAGAAGUAUAAGUAUUUCUCUUGCGAAAAGUGUCAGACCUUUAAAGCAAAAAGUGUUGCAAGUAUGAAAUAUCAUUACGAGAGAUGUGGAAAAGACAUUGAAAUUAUUUCUUGUCCGAAAUGCGGCAAAACCUAUACCACCAAAGCCGGUCUUGAGUAUCACGUGAAGACCGUCCAUGCAACACCAGAAAGAGAACCAGCCCCAGUCUCUGCUCCUCCACCUGCUCUUGAUCUGUCCAUGACUCCAAGAGCUGCUGCUCUUCAAGCAGUCAACAAGUUACAGGAGCAACUCUCCAAGCCAGUGGAAGAACCGCCUCUAGCUCCUCUCCUCCAGUCUUCUACUGGUGGGGAGGAGGAGACACAGGAUCUUGAUGUGCUGGAAGAAAGCUUGUUCACUAAUGCUAGGAAAGUUUUAAAAGAAAAAGGCGUCAUAUUGUGCCCAAAGGGGUGUGGCCAAGAGUACAAGUCGUUCCUGGGUUUCAAGUAUCACAUGGAAAACGGGCACAUGAUGAAGAAGUUUUAUUCCUGUCCUUAUUGCAAGGCUAUUUUGAAAAGCAAGCAUACAAUAGUGAACCACUUGGAGAAGAAACACCAGAAAUCGGUGGAGGAUCCUAGUGAUUUUGAAUAUGUUGCUCCUACUAACCUAUCAACCAGUGAAGAUGAAUACAAUGAUGAUGAAGGAGAAGCAGAAGGAGAAGAAGAGGAGGAGAUGGAAGUUGAAGAUGAUGAUGAUGAUCAUCAUAAGUCAAAGAAGAGAAAGUUAAAGAGUCGUGAUAGAAGUAUAGGAGGAGGUAACGUCACUUAUAACAUACCACCGACCUUCAGUUACAGAAACACAGUAUCUUCUGUUAAAAAUAGAAACACGACUCAUCACAAUUCAUUGUUUCCCAAUUGGAGGCCGCAUAGUGAGAAUUUCAAUUUACUAAGUGAUCGUGAUUGUAUCCCAUAUCUGCCACUAAAUCAAAACUCAAUGACGUAUACACACAAAAAAGAAAAUGGCUCCUUAUCUUUAUUCAAGGGGUCCAGUGACCACUUAAUAUUUGUGGGGGGUCCUGUGUGGUCUAUGGACUGGGCACCAAACUCAAACCCAAACUCCAAGCACAGUUACGUUGCUAUGGCAACUUAUCGGACUUAUAAUGAGGUACAUGCUACCAGUGAGGUGUUAGCUCUUGAUGGACUAAUACAACUUUGGGAUUUUGGAGUGCUAACAGCCACUGGCAACAGUGCCCCAGUAUCAGAGUAUUGUUAUGCUUUGGCUCAUAGUUGGGGAGCCAUUCGUGGACUGAAGUGGUGUCCCUCUGGUGUGCAGGACACGCCCACUGAGAAUCACUCUAGUCCAUUGGAUAGACUGGGACUGCUGGCAGCUGCAUGUAGUGAUGGACAAGCAAGAAUAUUGAGUAUCCCGUACCCUGCCUCUCUCUCCUCUUCUUUCUCUCUCUCUGGUUCCUCUCGUAUUUUCUCCGUGAGACCGUCGGCCAUUUUAAGACCUGGCUCUUCACAAGUGGCUAGUACUGAGUAUGGCCAGUGCCUCUGUCUUGAUUGGAUACCUGGAGGGGAACACAAUAGAAUUGCAGCUGGUUUCAGCAACGGCACUAUAUGCGUGUGGUCUUUGAAUUCCAUUCUUGGAUUUUUAUGUUCAUCUCCAGACCCAGUGGAGCGGGGUCCUGUGUUGUAUCCCAUUAUUCAUUUGAGGGGGCACACUGGCCCCGUUCGCUGUCUCGCCUGGUGUCCAAGAGACACCAACUACUUAUUCUCAGGUGGAGCUGACAAGUGGUGUUUUGUAUGGGACCUCAGGCAACCUACUGCACCUCCUGUACAAAAAACUGACAGAGGUGGUGUUAUUACAAAAGCCGUUUGGCCCCUAGCCUGGCCUGGGAUUUAUAUUGUAGAAGACAUAGCCAAGACCAGCUCUAUCUAUAUUUUGUCCUUCACUCAAAAACCAGGAGCAGCGGCUUUUCUAUUCACUAAAACCUCAUCACCAAUUUCAGCUAUUGGUUACUCAGCUGACAGCGAUAAGAUUAUUAUGGGUACUUAUUCCGGUGAGGUUUUCCAAGCCAUGGCCAAGCCCAGUUGUUAUAAUUAUAGAACUAAAAGAAGACACAUACCUCCUCUGGGCAUGUUAACUGCCAGGCUACAGCACGAGGGAAGAGCACCAACUUAUGGCGACGAGUUGAGUGAUGUUGUAGCUAAUUGUCGUAUCGUAUUCAGUAACGAUCUAAAACUGAAAGAUUCUACUGACUAUUAUCAGCCGGAAUGCAUUCCACUUACUGCAGUGACCAGUUGUGUGUGGAAUCCUUCCUGUGAUAAAUGGAGUCUAUGUGCUUUAAACAAUGGGUUUGUCAAGUUGAUCAGAAGUUACAAAUGAGGCACUUAAAUCUAUGAAAACAAUAUUUUUUCUCACCAUUUUUUCUAUUAUAUGAUUAUUCUUUAUC